AUGAUGCCCUCGCCUAGUGACUCCAGCCGCUCGCUCACCAGCCGGCCUAGUACCCGGGGCCUCACCCACCUCCGCCUCCACCGACCCUGGCUGCAGGCCCUGCUCACGCUGGGGCUGGCCCAGGUGCUGCUGGGCAUCCUGGUGGUCACCUUCAGCAUGGUGGCCUCCUCUGUCACCACCACCGAGAGCAUCAAGAGGUCCUGCCCGUCUUGGGCUGGGUUCUCGCUGGCGUUCUCCGGGGUAGUUGGCAUUGUGUCCUGGAAGCGGCCAUUCACUUUAGUGAUCUCCUUCUUCUCCUUGCUCUCGGUGCUGUGUGUCAUGCUCAGCAUGGCUGGCUCUGUUCUCUCCUGUAAGAAUGCUCAGCUGGCCCGAGACUUCCGCCACUGCUCCAUGGAAGGAAAGGUCUGUGUGUGCUGCCCUCCUGUGCCCCUCCUCCGGCCCUGCCCAGAGUCAGGGCAGGAACUCAAAGUUGCCCCUAACUCCACCUGUGAUGAAGCCCGAGGGGCCCUCAAGAACCUGCUCUUCAGCGUCUGUGGACUCACCAUUUGUGCCACCAUAAUCUGCACCGUCUCCGCAAUCAUCUGCUGCAUCCAAAUAUUCUCCCUUGACCUCAUGCACACGCAGCUGGCCCCUGACCGCUCGGUCUCGGGUCCCCUGGGGCCUCUGGCCUGUACCUCCUCGCCCCCAGCCCCUCUCCUGCACGCCAUGCUGGACUUGGAGGAAUUUGUACCACCUGUGCCCCCACCGCCCUACUACCCCCCGGAGUACACCUGCAGCUCCGAAACAGAUGCCCAGAGCAUCACCUACAAUGGCUCCAUGGACAGCCCAGUGCCCUUGUACCCUACUGACUGCCCCCCUUCUUAUGAGGCCGUGAUGGGGCUCCGAGGAGACAGCCAGGCCACUCUGUUUGACCCUCAGCUUCACGAUGGCUCCUGCAUCUGCGAGCGAGUGGCCUCCAUUGUGGAUGUGUCCAUGGACAGCGGGUCGCUGGUGCUGUCGGCCAUCGGCGACCUGCCGGGGGGCUCCAGCCCGUCCGAGGACUCGUGCCUGCUGGAGCUGCAGGGCUCGGUGCGCUCGGUGGACUACGUGCUCUUCCGCUCCAUCCAGCGCAGCCGCGCCGGCUACUGCCUCAGCCUGGACUGCGGCCUGCGCGGCCCCUUCGAGGACAGCCCGCUGCCCCGGCCGCCGCGCGCCGCGCGCUCGCACUCCUGCUCCGCCCCCGAGGCGCCCCCCGCGCUGGGCGCCCCCGCCGCCGCGCGCAGCUGCCACCGCCUGGAGGCCUGGCCGCCCUGGGUGGCGCCCUGCUUCCCCGAGCUCAGGCGCCGGGUGCCGCGGGCAGGCCGCCCGCCCGCCGCCCCGCCCGCCAGGGCCCCCGCCCGCCGCUUCAGCGACAGCUCAGGGUCCCUCACGCCGCCCGGGCACCGGCCCCCUGGCCACCCGGCGCCCGCGCCGCCGCCGCUGCUGCCGCGGUCACACAGCGACCCCGGCAUCGCCACCUCCAGCAACACCGCUGACUUCAGGGACCUUUAUACCAAAGUGUUUGAGGAAGAGGCUGCGUCUGUUUCCUCUGCAGAUACAGGGCUCUGCUCUGAAGCCUGCCUCUUCCAUCUAGCCCGCCGCCCUUCCCCCAAGUUGCUACGUGCUCAUUCUGCCGAGAAGCGGCGCCCCGUUCCCACCUUCCAGAAGGUGCCCCUGCCCUCGGGCCCUACCCCUGCCCACUCCCUGGGCGACCUGAAGGGCAGCUGGCCGGGCCGGGCCUUGGUCGCGCGUUUCCUCCAGAUGUCCAGGAAGACCCCGGACGCCGGGGGGCACGGAGCCCACGGGCAGAAGCAGGUGCCUCGGAGCCGGUGGGGACGGCCAGGCCGAGAGAGUCUCCAUCUCAGAAGCUGCGGGGACCUGAGCUCCGGCUCCUCCCUGCGGCGCCUCCUCUCUGCCCGCAGGCUCGAGCGCGGCUCCCGCCCCCACAGCCUCAGCCUCAAUGGGGGCACCCGGGAGACGGGGCUCUGA